AUGGCAGCGCUCGUUGGCGAGAGGAGCAUAAUCCACCAAGAUAUUCCAGCGGUCAAUCUGCUGGACAAGGCCACAACGAGUCAUUACGAGACGGUGAAAACCUAUAAGCAUUCAAGUCAUCCACUGAAGACCGCCAGGCCGAUUCGGAUCAUUGUAGUAGGAGCUGGGUUGAGCGGCAUUGCGGCAGUCAAAUUGUUCAAGGAGACGUUUCCAAAUGGGGAUGUGGAACUCGUUCUAUAUGAGAAGAACACCGAUGUGACGGGCACAUGGCUUGAGAAUCGGUAUCCUGGCUGUGCUUGUGACGUCCCUGCUCAUGCAUACACAUACUCUUGGGAGGGGAAUCCAAGCUGGAGUCGGCCCUAUGUAGGAGCGGUGGAAUUGUACGAGUAUUUCAAAGGCCGUGCCACUGCCUAUGGUGUGGAUGAGUUUGUAAGACUCGAGCACAAAGUAACCAACGCCAAAUGGGAUCAACGGUCCGGUAAGUGGAAGAUACAAAUUACGAAUCUCCAAGAUGGCACCGACAUCACGGAUGAAGGCGAAAUCCUGAUCAAUGCUACUGGAUUUCUCAACUCUUGGAAAUGGCCAGAUAUUCCGGGUCUCCAGGAGUUCGAGGGAAAAUUGCUACACUCAGCCGAUUGGGACCAUAGGUACGAUUUCAAGGACAAAACGGUUGUGGUAAUUGGUUCGGGAAGUUCCGCUAUUCAGAUUGUUCCUCAGCUGCUAUCAAGUGUAAAACAUCUAUAUUCGAUCAAUAGGUCAAAGACUUGGAUAAUUCCGGAGUUUGGGGCUGAGUUCGCGCCUGAAGGCAGAACAUCAUUUUUCUCAGAAUCUCAGAAAGACCAGUGGGCGAAAGAUAAAGACAGCUUUCUCGAAUAUCGAAAGCGUGUUGAGACGAGUCUCAAUAAAUACUGGGAAAUGAUGUACAAAGGCUCGUCUUUACAAACAAUGGCCUCUGAAAACUUUCGAAAAGCUAUGGAGGAACGCCUGCAGCAUAAUCAGGAGUUGAUCAGCAAGCUUGUACCUGAUUUCGAAGUUGGUUGUCGUAGACCAACACCCGGCCACGGCUAUCUCGAAGCACUUGCUGCACACAACGUCACCGUGAAGACAGAUGCAAUCGAAACUGCAACUGCAAAUGGUCUUCGAUUGGCCGAGGGUACUGUGCUAGAAGUUGACGCUAUAAUCUGCGCAACCGGAUUUGACACCUCCUUUCGUCCGCCGUUCCCAGUGACAGGCUUGGAGCAAGACCUACGAGAGGCGUGGAAGGACGAGCCUCGCUCAUACUUAUCGAUAGCAGCGGCUGGAACUCCAAAUUACUUUAUUACCACUGGACCAAAUUUUCCUGUCGGCAACGGCUGUUUGAUUCCAUGUCUCGAGGCCAACAUAAAAUACGCCUUUGCGGCUGCUAACAAAAUCCGACAUGAAGGAAUCAAAUCGCUCGCACCAAAGCCGAGUGCUGUGGAUGAUUUCCAAGAGUACAAGGAUUCAUUGAUGAACGAUUUAGUAUGGUACAAGAACGGAAAGAAGGAUGGCAAGGUAUGGGGACCUUGGCCUGGAUCGGCACUUAGCUAUCUCGCAAUCAUGUCCGCACCGCGAUGGGAAGAUUACGACAUGAUUUAUCUCAAGGCAAACAGAUUCGACUAUUUCGGUGAUGGUAGAGAUGGACUCUUAGCAGAAGGUGGAGAUCUGGCUUACUACCUGACGGAGCCCGGUGCGUUGAAGCAUUGA